UGAUUUGUUCCUUUGAUAAGUCAUGCAUCAGGUAUUGACGUCAUUCAAGCAUGAAUUCCUGCAGAAAUGAGAUCUAUAAAAGGUCAGGAUGAGGCAGGACAGCAGACACCUGCGUGGAAACACCUGCACCCAAAGAUGAAUUUUCUGACUAUAAUCGCUGUUGCUGUGUGCGUCCUUGCACCAAGUGCAGAUUGUGCCUCCAACGCGAUCGUGUGGUGCUACCAUAACUCCAGCUGCAGUGACGCCACCUGGCCGCUCAUCUCCCCGCUCUAUUGCAACGGGACGCGUCAGUCGCCCAUCAACAUCGUGUCCGCCAACGCGACGGAGGACGAGAAACUGACGGAGUUCAGCUUCCAGGGAUACGACAACAGAUCCGCCUUGGCCACAAUCACGAACACCGGGGACACUGUCAAAGUGAACUUCCAUGCUGGCGUCAAGGUGUCAGGAGGAGGCCUGUCUGAGAGCUACGACAGCCUGCAGUUCCACCUCCACUGGGGAAACGGCACGGCUCAGCCCGGAUCAGAGCACACUGUGGACGGCAAGCGCUUCCCCAUGGAGCUUCACAUUGUGAACAGCAAGUCGACCUACAACACCAACACCAACCUUGCUGUGCAGGACUCUGAAGGACUCGCUGCUCUCGGUUUCUUCAUUGAGGAGCUGACAGGAGAAGACGAUCAGCCAGCCAGCUGGAAGAAUUUGACCUCCUACUUGUCAAGCAUCUCAAAUGCUGGUGACAUUACCACAAUCCAACAUAAUAUUUCUCUGGACGAUCUCCUUUCUGGCGUGAACCGAGCCAAUUACUACCGCUACCUGGGUUCGCUGACCACGCCUACCUGUGAUGAAGCCGUCGUUUGGACCGUGUUCAAAGAACCGAUUAAAGUCAGCAAAAACUUGAUCGACCUCUUCAGCACAAGCAUGCGCAUCAAAAACUCCACCUCUCCUCUGAUGGUUAAUGUGUAUCGAGGCAUCCAGGCAUCACAGCCGGUGUCAACGCAGCCGAAGGCAAGCUCCUCCACCAAAUCUGGCUACUCUCUGUCUCUGAUGACCUUUGCCCUCAUAAUGGCGAGAUAUUGAAACAAAAGCUCAAAAGCUCAGGUGGAAGGUCAACUUUUGGAUAAAACAUGCAUAAAAUGCCAAACCUCAGCCCUGCACAUGUUGCAGGUUUUGUAUGUGUGUGCGGAAUGAAAAGACUUUUCUGCCUUGAACUAACUAUGCAACACAAAUGCAUCUGUUACUUAUUUACUCGUUUAUUCUUCUUGCACUUUGCAGAAAUGUCUGUGUGUUUAAAUUGCACUAAAAUCGAGCCUGAAACAGUUUUUAGUUUGUGAUGAAGGUUCAAGGUGUAACUCUGGUUUAUGAAGAACACAUUAUUUACUGUCAUUGAAGAUAAAAAUGCUUUCAAUAAAAU